GGCCGCGGGCGGGAGGUGCCGCUCGCCCCGCCCCGGCCCUGCCGCCCGUCACGUGAGAGAGCGGGGCCAGCCAGGAAACAUGGCCGCGACGGCGGGACCCUCCUUUUGGCUUGGAAACGAGACCUUGAAAGUGCCCAUAGCACUUUUUGCCUUGAAUAGAAAACGACUGUGUGAUCGCCUGAGACAGAAUAAAGAUGUCCAGAAGAAUUCAGUUGUCCUGCUGCAGGGUGGAGAAGAAACCCAGAGAUACUGUACUGAUACUGGUAUUGUGUUCCGACAGGAAUCUUACUUUCACUGGACUUUUGGAGUAACUGAAGCAGGCUGCUUUGGAGCAGUAGAUGUUGAUACUGGAAGAUCCAUGCUUUUUGUUCCACAACUCCCUGAAAGCUAUGCGGUUUGGAUGGGAAAGAUUCAUCCCCCUGAAUUCUUCAAGAAGAAAUAUGCUGUGGAUGAAGUCCAUUAUGUGACUGAGAUAUCCAGUGUCUUGGCUUUGAAGAAACCUGAUGUUCUUCUUACUUUGCGUGGUGUUAAUACUGAUAGUGGAAAUGUCUCCAAAGAAGCUUCGUUUGAAGGAAUCAGCCAAUUUAAUGUGAACAAUAAAAUCCUUCAUCCUGAAAUUGCAGAAUGUCGUGUGAUUAAGACAGACAUGGAGUUGGAAGUUCUGCGCUACACCAAUAAAGUCUCCAGUGAAGCUCAUAAAGAGGUAAUGAAGGCAGUAAAAGCAGGUAUGAAAGAAUACGAGAUGGAGAGCCUGUUCCAGCACUACUGCUAUGCUCGAGGUGGUAUGCGCCACACUUCAUACACUUGCAUCUGUGGCAGUGGGGAGAACUCGUCUGUUUUACACUAUGGCCAUGCUGGAGCCCCAAAUGAUAGAACUAUUCAAGAUGGAGACUUGUGCCUGUUUGAUAUGGGAGGAGAGUAUUACUGCUACGGCUCUGACAUCACUUGCACCUUCCCUGCAAAUGGAAAGUUCACUCCUGACCAGAGGGCCAUCUAUGAAGCAGUGCUGAAGUCAUCACGGGCUGUAAUGAAAGCAGUGAAGCCAGGGGUCGCCUGGCCUGAUAUGCACCGUCUGGCUGACAGAGUCCAUCUGGAGGAGUUGACUAAAAUUGGAAUUCUGAAAGGCAAUGUAGACGACAUGGUGAAGGUUCAUCUGGGUGCAAUAUUCAUGCCACACGGACUUGGACAUCUACUUGGAAUUGAUGUGCAUGAUGUUGGAGGCUACCCAGAGGGAGUGGAACGCAUUGAUCUGCCAGGGCUCAGGAGCCUGCGCACUGCCCGCAGCCUGGAGCAAGGCAUGGUGCUGACCAUCGAGCCAGGCAUCUACUUCAUUGACCACCUCUUGGACCAAGCCCUCCAUGAUCCUGCACAAUCCUGCUUCAUCAACAAUGAUGUCCUGCAGCGCUUCAGAGGAUUUGGUGGGGUCCGGAUUGAGGAUGACAUUGCAGUGACAGCCACUGGAAUGGAGCUGCUAACCUGUGUCCCACGAACUGUUGAAGAAAUAGAAGCUUUCAUGGCAGAAGGCCAAAGCAGUGCCAAGUCAUUUGACCGUCUCUCCAGCCAAAAGCAGUGAACUUCAGGUUGAUUUUUACUGUCUCACUAAUCAUUCUGAUUUAAUGCUGCAGCAUAUAAAAUAAAAUACAUCCAGUUCUUAAUAGCAAGACGGGCAAGCUAUUACCUGGAAUUAUUCAUUCAUUAAAAAUUAAGGCAGCAGGCUUCGGCACUCAAUAUCCAGAUGACUCAAAUGCUGCUGCUUGCAAUCAGCAGUUUACGUUACCAAGUGCCACCUGAAUAACUCUGCUGUAUUAUCAGUGUGGCAUAUACUUCUGUCACAUCUUAGCUCAGAUAUGUCUUGCAAUUAUAUCUGAAUUUUGAUGAUCAAGACUCUUUAAAAUACCAGAGGGAUUAUCUCAAUGCUGUCAACAAUCAUAAAAAUCUGAGGUGUUUUUUAAACUUCAUCACAGUUACAGAAAAUAACUGAAGAAAAAUCAGCUGUUCUCAGUGGACAAAAUGGCUCUUACAUUUUUCUUAUGGAUCUUAUUGCAAUGUCAAUGGAGGAAGCAGAAUCAAAUUUUUAUUAAAAUUCAUCCUUGGCAUAAUUUAUCCUCACAACUUUGUGAUCAUUAUGCUCUUAUGCUCCCAUUCCUGCUUCUUUAUCUGACCCAUUUAUCUGGCCUAUUUGUGCUCUGGAAACUUUGACUUUUCAUUAGCCAGAUUUUUCUGCUCUGGGUAGUGGGUGUACUGAUCCUUCACACACAGCCCAAUGCUUAUUAGAUUUGUCCAUCUAUUUGUUCCUUCAAAACAGAUUGCUGUUGUGUUCACAAGUCCUAGAAAUGGCAAGAAGGGAGUAGCUUUGCUGUAGGGCUUAGGGACAUUCAGCACCAUAUGCUGUGCAGAAUGGCAGAUAUUUUUAGCUGUCCAGUGUUAGCCAGUUCAAAAUGAAAUAAUGUAAAUUUUAUUUGGAUACACCACAAACAUAUUAAUAAUGAUUACUAAAUGAUUUUGCAUUCGUACAAGAUUUAAAUUACCUGAAGAAGCCUUUCUUUACUGUAGGUGUUCAUCAGCCUGCAGGAGAACAAAUACAUUUCUUGCCUGGAAAAUAGCACUAAUCACUGUAACUGCAUAGAAAUAAUCUUGCUCACUUUAUGAACACAUUAAAACUCCUGGUCAGUCUUCAGGCUCCAUUGCACAGUCUUACUGCAAACCCACUUCAGAACAUCCCUCACAACGUCAGAGGGAGCUGAUGUCACAGCAGGGUGUCAGGGCCUUUCUGGGUCUUAAUGCUUGCCAGAUGAGGAUUUUCCCACUGUAAAGGGAUCGUCUGACUUGGUCAUCUCAGCAUCUCUGUUCUCUUAGCUCAUGUCCUGGAGCUGGCACAAAGUCAAUGGCCAAACUUCAGGGUGUCUGCAAGCUCCUGUCUUACAUAGAGUGUACAACACGACAUGAGCUUGAAGGAUGGUGCCAAAAACUACUGUUGCUCUCUUUGUGCCCCCCUGCACCAGGACUGAAUCUUGCUCUGAAAUAAUUUCCUUAAGAAUUGUCAAAUGGUUUGCUGUACAGAGAGCUCUUUGCUACUUGGGUUGAUCUGUAAGAUGAGGACCUGCUCUUUACUUGUAACAGCUUGGUGACUCAUUGCUAAAUAGGAAACUGCAUGCUGGAGACUAAGGAAACACAUUGAGAAAUAAUCCAGAGGACUUAACUUCUUGUGUUUAAUGUCACUUUAUUAACAAAUUAGUAUAUUUACAUUUUUUUAAAUGUUGAUCAGCAUUGGUUUGGAAGAGGUAAGUGCAGGAGGGCUUGUCUGCAGAGGGGCGGGUGUGCCACCAGCAGCUGUUUUGUGCGAGUGCUUCCUUCUGGGGUGACUGCAAGUCUUGUACCUCUGAAAUGUGGUAUUUGUGAGAGGACAUCAAGCUUUGCUUUGGCAGCUUUUGUAGAUAUGAGAACACAGCAACUACACUGGCACUGCUCCAGACUCAUCUCCCCUUAAAACUUUGGAGUUUUUUUAAGUGCAAGAUGGUGCCCAUGGCUUCAGCCUUUUUCCCUCCACAUCCAAGUGCUUUUCCUGUGGCAUGCUCAGAACACACACCCAUGGGAUCGCUCAUUGCUUUGGGCACUCCGAAACCUGCUGUUACUGAGGCUCAAUCACAGUUACUGUUUUCAAGUAACACUUCACAGAUUUUCAAAAAAAGAAUUUUGGAAUUGUUUCAACUAAGCCAUAACCCCAGUCUAGUUAAUAGGCCUUUCCCUGCCUGUGAUUAAUCUUGGCAAAUAUUGGGCUCUGCUGCUGUGGAACAGGUCGAGCAAUAUAGUGUGCUGCAGGAGGCAGAACUGGUUCUGCUUCAACAUGUAGCAGCAAAGAAACCCUACCACAAGUUCUGGGGGGGGGAAGCACUCGUUCACGUAACCAGCUUCCCCAUUGUUUUGCUUGCCUGAGAUGUGGAUGCAUUUUGGUCUGGGAUGGUGCACAGUCUCCCAUUUUCCUUCAUAUUCAGGCCCAUGAACUUGGUGAAUAUAAAUUUUCUUCUUUCCAGAAGUCUCAUGUAAUUAUGGUAAUUUUUAUCCACUUAGGCAAAAAGUGGAUUAGAACAAUUUUUUAGAAUUAGCACGGGGGUGGGGAGAUGGAACAGGAAAGUAAGCCUUUUAUAAAAAAGAUAAAAUUAUCUUUAAUACACUUAAAAUCUGUAAGUGGAGGGGGAACAGAUUACAGCAAACUGACUUCACUGGGAUAUUUAGGCUGUUAGCUAUCAUGCUUUCCUAAAUGUCUUUUCCCCUUGAUGCAAACUGACUCGAAGAGAAUGGCACCAAAAUAACAGCAAGUGUGUUACAUUGACUGAGUUUGUGUGUUUAGAAAGGUCCGAGCACUUCUGAACGCCUGUACUUGAAUUGCUACAGCUCCCUGGGGUUGGAUGCACUCUGCAUUUAUCUGCCACACCAAUGAUGCUGCUGCAGCUCCGGGGUGUAGGUAAAGGGGGAAAGCUCCUAGUGCUCCAGGAGGCUAGAGCAGAUGGAGGUAGAGCAGAGGCUAGAGAGUGGUAUGGUGAGACAGUGGGAGUAAGGUUUCCUGCUGAAAUAUGUAGUGCUGUAAUGCUAAUUCUUGUAGUUGUUAGGGGAAAUGUGUCAAAAGGAAAACCUUGGCUUUUACAGGCCUACAUUGAUUUUUUUUGAUUGUGUGUGAAUGUGCAUUUAUUUCAGUCUUUCCAUAGGAAGAACAGAGACUCCAGAGGGGUAAGAUUGAGGCCUUUUGCUCUCACAGCCUGGGCUGCUCCACCUUGGGGCAAAGAGAGGGAAAGCCUCACCUCUGCCUUUGCUUCUCAGAGGUUUUGGCAGGAGGGAGCUUAAAAUCAUAGACUAAUGCCUUUCUUGCAACUCAACUCUGAGAGUAGAUUUAAAAUAAUAAUUUGCUAUAAUCUUGGGUCCAUGGCUUUACAUAUUUAAGUGAUGUGCUGCACACAGCCUCAUGCUUCCCUAAGCAAACAAAGCAAGUGCAGAGUCUGCUAAGCCAGAAACGUCCUUGUGCAAACAAACGACUUUUCGUAACUCAGUGGUUGUAUUUUAAACAAGGAAGUGGAAUAGGAGCUGUCAAGAAUAAGAGGGGAAGAAGGCACCCUCCAGAGCAUCAGAAAGAGUAUGUCCCUCUCAAAGAGACGUAAGAAAUCAUUUUCACCAAAAUCAGAAACAAAUACCAGGGAUGUGGAGCCCCUGCUCUGGUUAUUAGGGGAGGACCCCACAUCAGCUUGGCCAAACCAGCUGCAGCACAUAGUCCCAGUUCACAGGGCAGACAACCAGGAAAGAGACCAGCUCCUGCCUUUUACACCAAAACAGACACACAGUUAACAGAUGAGAUGUUUUCAGGUCAUCUUUUUCCUUGUAGUUUUUGGUAUUCUGUUCCUCCCCCCUCCCCUCUUAAUUGACGUGAUUUUCAGUUUUAAAAGUCUUUGGUUAUUGUUUUUAAAUCAGGAAUUAAGCCGAUACUGUAAUGAGUUUCUGAUUCCUGCCACUGAGUAAAAAGAUGAGUGAAAGACAAGACUUGAGACUGUUGCACUAAUUACUCAAGAAUAGCUGCUUCGGGUGGGCACCUCUGCAUCUGAUGAAAAUAAAAAAAAUGGACAGGAAAAAUAAGGUGAGCACUAGAAGCAAAAGGUUUUUAUUAGCUUCUGAUAUUUCAAUGCUACCUACUUAAGAUGCAACCAAAAAAAUGUAUCUUUAUAAAAAGGCUACCAUAAUCCA